GUGAACGGCGAUUUUCCUGCUCUGACACUGUUUCAAUGUUUCGUAGUGCGGUUCGAUCGGGACAAUGCAGCGCAGUUUCUCACGCCUUUUGUGCAGAAGUUUGUAAUCGGUGAUUGGUUUCCGCGAGCGUUCCUGCUUCCGCCGCCCGAGAGCGCAUCACUUUCGCUUCCUUCGCAGUGUGGAACCGGAGGUGGAAAAGUGCUACACACCCGGACUGGCGUACGCAAACAUUUGCCCCCGAAACCUCGAUCCAACAGCACGACCAUCAGCAAUAAACACAAACCAUAACCACAAUCUCGCAGCCAUCAACUGGUCGUCGCGGAUGCAACAGGAAGAACACAACCUUUCCCGCCAUCGACGGACACUGGGAUGCUAAUCGUCUGCAAUGACAGAGUCGGCCGAGGCGGAUAAAAGUUUGACCUAUUAUUCCAAGGGUGUUGUUAUCGCACGGGCAUCCUUUCAAGGCAGCAGUUGCCUACUUACGAGAAUCGUCCGUGGUUGCGGUAAAGCCUGUUAGUUCCUCUUCGUCUACUUCGUCUGCGAGGAUUCACACCACAUUGAAUCCAGCUUCCAUCGCUGUUAUAAACAGGAUACAACAUCACUUGCAAGCUGUAAACCGUGAGCUGAACUGAAUAAGUAUCAUACGAUGCUCCGAAACCAAAAGUAACACCCAGGAAUAUGACUCCCAGCCGGCAGUGUACUUUGGCUACCAUAGGAACGCCUUAAUUCUUACCCUGCGUUGGAGUAAAUCCUUGAAAAGGACAAGAAGCUGCAAGGUUAAGGCAUCUCCUAUCAGCAAGUGUGUCGCCAUCUAAAAAAAAGGACAGCGAUCGCUAUGGCCUCCGCAGAAGCAGACACCAUACCAAUUCUUCUCAUAACCGCAAAUGUGGGCAGCGUUUUUGAAGACCCGUCCAAGCUGCUGCACCUCUGGCUCCGGGAGUUUCUCGACCAUGUCGCCCAGCACCGGCCAGCGUUUAUCGCGCUCCAUCUGCAGGAGGUCGGCGGCAAGACCUACGAAAAGUCGAUGGAGUACGUGCAGGAGUUUAUAAAGAAGCUCUGCGAGUCCGAGGAGCUGCGCGACUACAAUCGCAUCCGGGUGUACCUGGACGAGGACUACAACUCCGCAGAGCAUUUCACGGCACUGGGAAACUUGUACUUCGUGCAGAACACUGUCGACCAUGUGUUAAUGUGGAACUUUCUAACGCACGAAUGGGACCCGGUCGAGGGUAAGAGCAUACACACCGGAAGCAUCGAAACGGUGGCGAGCAAGGAGAAGGCCAAAUUUCCGCAGCAAUUUUUUCCGGAGUGCAAAUGGUCACGUAAAGGAUUCCUCCGCACGCGUUGGUUCCUGAGCGGUACGGUGUUCGAUCUAGUGAAUAUUCAUCUCUUUCACGACGCGUCUAAUUUGGCCGCCUGCGAGGAGUAUCCGUCGGUGUACUGUAAGAGCCGGCGCCGGGCGCUAGUGCACACACUCGAACGAUUUCAUAAAGACACUGUUAACCGACCAGUGCCAUACUUCGUAUUUGGUGAUUUCAACUUCCGCUGCGACACGGAAGGUGUUAUUAAGAAACUUACCGAAGAUCUCACAGUGCAUCGGGUACAGAAUGCGAAACACGACAGUACAAAGGUUCAGUAUCGUGACGCGGAUGGAGCAAACGUGCUGACGGUCGGGAAGAAGGAGUUUUUCCACAGCGAUCAAAGCACGUUCAAGGAGAGUUGGCUGCGUCAAUUCGACCGAGAGCUCGAUUCGCUCCGGAGCAUACUGUACGAGUAUCCCAUCACAUUCCCACCGUCGUACCCGUACGAGGAAGAUCCGAUGCAGCCGUGCUCGUACAUGGCGACCCGCUGCCCGGCCUGGUGCGACCGUAUACUGGUCAGCCCGGCGGCCCGGAAGCUGAUCAGCGACAGUAAUUUCAACGGCGAUGGCAACUCCGGUGCCGACGGCAGCGCCAGCGGAUCGCCCGUCCGCUACGGCAUCAUCGGAGCGAGCGUGUGCAUGGGAGACCACAAGCCAGUUUAUCUCAGCACGCGAAUCAAGACGAGUCAAGGUAUUUUAGAUUACUGUUCCUGUGAUACGCAUGCGCCCGCAACACCCCGUGUUGAACACCCAGUGCCCAAUAGUAGUAGCGGAAGUAGUAAUAGUAGUAGUAGUAGUGGUAGUGCAAAUAGUAAUAGUAGUAGCAAAAGCGUUACCAAUAUCUUAGCUGGCCAUAGUAGUAACGGCAGUGAUGCCGCAGCCAAAAUUCACGUUCCACUUGAUCGUGGUGGAUCGAGCGCACACACUUCCAUCCUGCCGACAUUCACCUCCAAUGGGCGCGGGUCAUGCCAAGCUUGCUGUGCUCGCAUCGAGCAGUGCCUUGAGCGCAACCUGGGAGCGCUUGAGCCGGACGCCAGUGGUGGCGGCGGUCUGCUGGGGACGGAAUCGCCGUCGAGUCAACCCAUCGUCAGUAUAAGCGUGUUCGACACCGAUAGCAAUCUGAAUGUGUGCAUGUGCUCGCUGUACAGCAGCCAGGCGCAACCCGGUGAGCCGACUGACUGCGACCGGGCGCCGAUCUGCCCGAACUGUCGCAACAUUAUCAAACACCAGCCGGUCGAGCACCGGAAGACGCUCAUCUCGCGCCGGAUGAUGCUGGCGAACGAUAUCAUCGUUAACCGCAUCGACACGCACUACCUCAACACGUACACGACGCUGGCCGGGGCCGGCAACACGAACGGCGCCCCGUUGGACGGGUCGCAGCUGGUGCACCAUCGCUUCGAGCCGUACACGCCCGAGAGUGCGGAGUCGCACUCGCCGCUUCCCGAGUCGUACGAAAGUAGCAAGGGUUCGCGCACCACCACGGAUACCGGCACGGACCGCGGUGAUGGUGACGUUAGUGCCGAAGGAGGAGCGAGCGGCGACGGUGACGAUAGCGGCGUUGUUGCGGUGACGGCCGACGACGACCAGCAUGAUUUCGCUGGGGACGAUGAGGCUACGGCGCUGUCGCUAACCGGCGAUGAGGAGCACCAACCACUGCUAGCGGCCAUCUCCGGUAUGCCGACCACCGGGCCGAUCGAAGCGGACGUAAUUAUCGAACAAGAGUUCCCCGUGCAUCCGCCCGCAGCGAAACCGACCCCGGCCAAGCUGCCAGCGGCCACGAACAAAGGCAAGGAACCGAAUGCAAAGCCGACGGACACCUCGCUCGGUGGCGGAUUCAGUGGUGUCUCACCCCGUCAGCUCAAAUCCCGACUGGAACGGUUGAAACGGAUGGCCGACGAACGCCGGAAGCAAUAUGGCGAGUGGACGCGCAAUCGCUCUAGGUGCGACACCGCUCGAAGCGAGAACAGCAGCUCCGGUACGCUGACCGUGCUGGCGUUGGCUGGCGACGUCGGUAGCGAUGGGGGUGAGGGGGUGUUGCCCACCGCUGAUGCUCCAGUAUUAUCGAUUCCCCCGGUGGAUCACGCACCCGGCGGCUGUGCAGUGAAAGCUAGUAACAAUAACAUUCGUUCGCAAGGCGACAGUGGUGGUCCGGCGUUAGAUGGUACACUCACGGCACCAUCUCGGGACACGCUGCUGGCCGGGGGAUGUUGCCAGGGGAUGUGUAGUAUCCUGUAGUCUAGAUACCCCCUCAAGUGAGAGAUGUGUUGCUUCCAUCCUUCCCAAACAUCUCGUGAAAAAGAACGUGCGCUACACACCAAUGAACGCUAUCAUCUGCGAUGGUAGUCCAACUUACGCGGUAUCACUGUUUAUUUAAUGAACCUCCCCAGUGCUUGCGAUCGUACGCCAGAAUGUAGUACUUACUAAAGAAUAUUCUAAUGUAUUUUCAAACGAGGUAACGGUAGUCAGAGAAAGCAAGGAAAUUACAUGAUGGUUUCGAACUCAGUCACGAAUAACAGCGUUAAUCUGAAACGAACGGCAGAACGCUUACGCUCGCUCCAACUUGAGUACUUACAUUUGCGGUCGUUUGGCGCGUGCGGAAAGGUGUAUCGGUUUCGUUUGUCGUUAGGUUUAUUCACAUUAUACUUUGUCAGGUGUGUGUUGUGUCAGGCAUGUAGGUGGUUUGAUCCGCAACCGCAUGUUAUACCGCAUUAUCUUCCCUAUUUAUUGUACGCUUAACAUAUAUGCCCUACUACUGCUAUUGCUGCUACUCGUACUGCUAUUUGGUAUUGGACUAGGUUUGUUUUUUUUCCUUUCUUUUGUUUAUCCCACAA